AUGAGACCAGGGAAGCACCCAGCCUUCCACGGCUUCGGAACCCAACCAUCCCGGGCCAGCGGCUGGCUGCCCGCCCGGCUCACACGGCUGCCGGGUGGCGGCUCCUUGCUUGCUCCUGGGAAGCCUGUGGGGUCCCAUGGGACUCCCCAGCCCUAUCAGCCGCCCUGCCAGCCUGCCCUCGGCGCCGUCCCCCCAACCGGGCCUGACCCUCCAAUGCCCGCACGCGGGCUGCGCGGGCUCCGGCCUCCCCGGAGCCCCACUGGCCCUGCUUGGCACCCAGGGCUCCGGGGCCAGCACGCCGGCACGGGGUCCUCCCCAUGCUGGUGGAUGCAGUGGGACAAGGGCGGGGGACAGCCUGCCACCCCGCCCCGCAUGCGCCUGCACAGCGGGCUUCCCGCCUCCGUGUGCAGCGAAGGGGCGCAGAGCAAGCGUGGGCGGGCCUCCUCCCGGCUGCCCCGCCAGUGGAGAAACCUGUUCCGCCAGGCUGCUUUGCAGUGGCUGGAGCUCCGUGGAUGCAGCAGCCACGCGAACGGCGCCAACCCUCUGCCCCAGCGAGGAGCCCGCCGCCUCCCCCCGAGUAACGCGCUUCUCCUCGCAGGUGCAAAGAAGUGGCUGGAGUGGAGGAAGGAGCUCGAGCUGCUUUCGGACGUCGCCUACUUCGGCCUCACCACAGUGGCAGGCUACCAGACCCUUGGGGAGGAGUACGUUGGCAUCGUCCAGGUGGAUGGGUCCCAGCGGCGUGUGCCCUCCAGGCUCCGCCGUGGAGUGCUGGUGGCACUGCAUGCAGUACUGCCCUACCUGCUGGACAAGGCCCUGCUGCCCGUGGAGCAGGAACUUCAGGCGGAUGGCGACGGUGCACGGCCCUCACAGGGCAGCCUGGUGCCCAGUGGGCGCAGCCGGUCAGGAGCGCGGCGCUGGGUGCGUCGCCGUGCAACUUCCCUGACUGAACAACAGAGGAAGACGCUUCAGCGCACAGUCUCCAUCUUCAGACAAGGCCUCGCCUACCUACAUAGGUUCCAUGUUGCCUGGUUUUACAUCCAUGGUGCUUUCUACCACCUAGCUAAAAGGCUUGUGGGUGUCACUUACCUCCGCACUCGCCACCUGCCCCGAGAAGACCCGAGGGCCCAAGCAGGCUACAGGCUGCUAGGUCUCAUCUCCCUAGCACACCUGGCACUCUGGGUGGGGCUGCAGCUGUACAGCUUCCGGCAGAGGCAGCGUGCCAGGAAGGAGUGGAAGCUGCACCGCCACCUGUCCCACCGCAGAGGUUCCCUGGAGGAGCGAGCUGUUUCCAGAACCCCUCUCUGCACUCUGUGCCUGGAGGAGCGCAGGCACUCCACAGCCACACCCUGCGGCCACCUCUUCUGCUGGGAGUGCAUCACUGAGUGGUGUAACACCAAGACAGAGUGCCCCCUCUGCAGGGAGAAGUUCUCUCCCCAGAAGCUGGUCUACCUACGGCACUACCGCUGACAGCCCAGCCCCAGAUGAGGUGGAGUAAACGGUCUUCAGGGUUAACUGUACUUGCAUAGAAAUGAUACAAUCAGGACCUCUUCUUGUCUCCACAUGGACAGAGCAGAACCUUCCUUAGCCCACCUAACUGGCCAGAGUCCUGUCUGACACCCAGUGAUUGGAGGAGGGCUCAGGAGCCGCUCCUCCCUGUAGGAAAGGCUGCGCAGCAGUCGCAUCUGGGAACAUCCCCUCAACACUCCUUGGGCAGCCUGCACAACUGAGGCAGGCUGCCCUGGCUCCACUCGGUAUCUUCCUCCCGGGCAUCCACAACUUGCACUCACUGGCCUUGGCUGGACGUUCGGCAUGGGUCCUCACAGGGCAGUGCCACCUCUGCUCUCAGCCAGACCUAAGCAUGUCUUUCCCGGUGACCAUCAGCACAGCACAGCGCUGAUGU